AUGUUCUCAAUUGACACUUGGGUCAUCAAUAUGAACUUAUCACAAAUUGUAAAGCCUAGUUUAAAAAAACCACUGUUAAUUUUGUCUCGCGAUGUUCUCAAGCAAGAACAUCUGCACUGCAGCAAUAAUAUUAGCAUGUUCUCAAUUGACACUUGGGUCAUCAAUAUGGACUUAUCACAAAUUGUAAAGCCUAGUUUAAAAAAACCACUGUUAAUUUUGUCUCGCGAUGUUCUCAAGCAAGAACAUCUGCACUGCAGCAAUAAUAUUAGCAUGUUCUCAAUUGACACUUGGGUCAUCAAUAUGGACUUAUCACAAAUUGUAAAGCCUAGUUUAGACUCAGUAGAUAAACCUAAGCAUAGUUAUAAUGCACAUAAUCUUUAA